UCCCUCAAAGCUCAAACUCCAAAAGCUUCAUUCAUUCUUUGCGUACUUUAAAAUGAUCAAGUCUAUUACCUUCAUCGCUCUUCUAUUCUCCACAGCAAGCGCUGUCCCAACCCCAACCGAGCUUUUACCUCGGGCCUGCACCACCCUAGCCCCCUCCAUCAUCAACAUCCUUGACGCCGCAAACCCCAACACCCCCUACUCGGGCCAGCAAUUUACCCUCCAGCGCAGCGGCUCUCCACUUGUCGACAACAAGAUCUCCGUGUUGACCUUCAGCAACAUCCCCUCCGGCGCCACCGGCUGCCGACUAGAGAUCGAGCUUCCUCCACUAAGCGACGGCCAAAUAGCCCCAAGCGACACCCAAGCAGACAUCUGGUCUGCCGACCCUAGCAAUGGCAGUCCAGCUCCCACAUACAAUAAUCCGCCACACAAGAGAGAAAUGGUCGCGACGUACAUCUUCCCCAAGGGACCUACCACAAACUCGGCCCACACUGUCUUGGCCUCUAACACCUGCUCUACCGCCAUGAGCUGGCUGGUGCAGUUGAGUGAAUGGCAGACCUCGGCUGGCAGUGUCAAUUUCCAGAACUCGGUCGGUAAUGGUGCGGAUAUCGGCUUCACAUUGGUUUACAAUUGUUAAACCAUGGUGGUCGAGGAAUGUAUUGUGUGAACACUGAGGGGUCCUGAUGAUCCUUGAGUGCUGCUCACUGAGCCCCUGUUUUUUUACAUGUACGCGGCCGUUGUACACGUUUUCUGUCGUCUACUUGUUUGCUUUGUAGUCACUCAUUUAGCUAUGAGGUCUUUGACAAUCUAGUUCUUGAUUUCUC